AUGUCUAUACAAGGCCGCCGAACACACUAUCAGCCACCAUGGGGCAACGCCAACAUCAUUGGAGUAGCUGGUAGUUCGGGGUCUGGUAAGACGUCUUUGGCCAUGGCUAUCGUGGCAUCCAUGAACCUGCCGUGGGUGGUGAUCCUCUCAAUGGAUUCGUUCUACAAGCCGUUGACACCAGAGCAAUCAGCUAUGGCUUACAGAAACGAGUAUGAUUUCGACUCGCCUGAGGCUAUCGAUUUCGAUAUUCUGGUCGAAAGAUUGAAAGAUAUCAAGGCUGGCAAAGUCGCAGAAGUACCUAUGUACUCUUUUGCGAAGCACUCAAGACUCGAACAGACGACCACAAUCUACUCGCCGCAUGUCGUGAUCCUAGAGGGCAUUUUUGCGCUUCAUGAUCAGCGAGUCUUGGACAUGCUUGAUCUCAAGAUCUUUGCCGAAGCCGACUCUGAUCUCUGUCUGUCGCGACGUCUAGUCCGAGACGUCAAAGAACGCGGUCGAGACAUUGAAGGCUGUAUCAAGCAGUGGUUUGGCUUUGUCAAACCGAACUUCUACAAGUACGUUGCGCCGCAGCGGGAAAUUGCUGAUCUCAUCGUUCCUCGAGGCAUCGAGAACAAGGUCGCCAUUUCCAUGGUCGCUGAUCAAGUACGUAAAACUCUCAAACACAAGUCAGCACAGCAUCAAAUGGAGCUUCGACGUCUCGGCCAAAUUGCCGAGGAUAGCCCACUGCAUGGCAAUGCGAAAGUGUUGGAGCAGACCAGUCAAGUCAAGGGCAUGCAUACGAUGCUCAUGGACCAGGGUACUUCCAAAGAGGACUUCGUGUUCUACUUUGACAGGAUGGUCGCACUGCUUAUUGAAACAGCAGUGGACUUCAUGCCAUUCACACCUAGGCAGGUGUACACACCACAAAACAACCUUUAUAUGGGACUCAAGAAAGAAGGAGAGGUCAGUGCCGUAGUUGUCCUCCGUGGCGGUAGCGCUUUUGAGACUGGUCUACGACGCACAAUACCGGACUGCGUUACAGGGCGGAUUCUCAUCCAGACGAACUACCGAACUGGAGAACCUGAACUUCACUACCGAGCACUUCCUCCGAAUAUCGCGCAGCACAGUCUUGUCCUGGUAUUGGAUCCGCAAUUCUCGUCCGGUGCGGCGGCAUUGAUGGCUGUGCAAGUCUUGGUGGAUCAUGGUGUCCCGGAAGAGAGGAUAGCGUUCGUCACAUAUGCAGCUGGUCGCGUCGGUAUGAACCGUGUACUGAGCGUGUUCCCUGAGAUCAAGAUAGUCGUGGCGAGGAUAGGAGAUGACAUGGAGAACCGAUGGGUCGAAACAAAGUACUUGGGAUGCUAA